GUGAAACUUUUGAAUGUUUCGGUUUAUUUUUAUAAUUUAGCAUAUUUUCAAAGCCUAAAUUUGAUUUGAUUUCCAAAAGCAUCUUCAGAAAUCUGACCCCCUAACCACCCGACGGCGGCUUUCGUCAACGUCGAGUUCUUCCGGUCAUCCAAGUUCCAAAUCCACUUUCCGAUUCAUCCUUCACCACAAACCUUCGUUAAACUUCCGGUUCCGUGAACUAUAGCGUGAGUUUUCAUCCCUAAUCUUCUUCUUCUGCAUCUUCACUUAGCCGCCAUCUUGCUCCGAAAUGGUGUUACUUCAAUCAUUCUGUUCGUCUUUUAACCAAGAAUCACUGGUAAUAUAGUUUGGUUGACUGCGGAAGGGAAGAGGAGGAGCAUGGAGGAUUUAUAUGUGUGGCUUGUAUCAUUCUUCUUCCUCAUUGCUCUUCUUAUUGUCCUUGUUUAUCAGCUCAUGUGCUUGGCAGAUCUCGAGUUUGAUUAUAUCAACCCUUAUGACUCUGCUUCUAGAAUAAAUAAAGUGAUUAUGCCGGAGUUCGUUGCCAUGGGAGUUUUGUGCCUCUUCUAUCUUUUAACAGGGCAUUGGGGUAUGUCAAUGUUAUGUGGGCCCUACAUAUACUAUAAUGUGAGACUAUAUCUACGAAGACAGUACCUGGUAGAUGUUACAGAGAUAUUCAACAUGCUAAACUGGGAAAAGAAGCAACGGCUUUUCAAACUAGCCUAUCUAGUUGUCCUCCUCUUCCUUUCUAUAUUCUGGAUGAUAUAUCAUGCUUUGGAAGAUGAUGAAUGAAUGAAUGAAUAGAAACAAUGGCUUGCAUGCUGUUGUUGAUUGUAUCUCAACGGUUGUUCCCAUUAGUUGUGAGUUGAAUUUCUAUCCUCCAGUACCUUUUUUAUUUUCCUGAAGCUGCUGCACUUUGAGGAUUUCAUUGACAUUCUCGUUUGGGUUGGGAACUUCAUUUGUAUUCUGGACUCUAGACAGAGGUUUAGAAAGCAGAUUUCACGUCAGUACUGUUCUAUUUAGGUGCUCUCCGUGGUAAAAUGACUAUAAUGAAUUAUCUCUCUCUCUCUCUAAAAAAAGAAUGAAUAGAAAAGAGUAGAAAUUCAACA